UGGUGUGGUUUCUUUUGCUUUGAGUCCCUGACACGGGUCAGCAGGGUUUUGUUUGUUAGCUCUGUGUUGUGCGUGCGUGCGUCCGGGGUAUGGUUGCUCGGGACCAGCUGACCGCUGAGCGCCGUGAGAAUGGAAGUGCAUUUGCCCGCUCUGAAUGUAGACGCUUCCUUGCGGGCACUUCCGUGGUUUUGGAGUGUGUGAUGAUUUAGAGUCCGCAGAGAACGUUGCUACAUUGUCCGGCCUCGUGACGUUCUUGUUAUCGGGGCCGAUACUUGGAUACGGGAGCUAAGUUGUCGUGGGCACAAGUGGCUCUCUGCCUUCUGGACUUGGGCGGCUUGAAAUGAAAAGGAAUCGUCACACAGUGUGGUGGAGUCCAGUGACGAGUGAGUUAGAGACAGAGAGAAAGGUCUUCCUUUUCGUUGGUUCACCCUCCAGAUGGCCGCUACGGCCGGCACUGCACCGAUCUGAAGCCAGGAGCCAGGUGCUUCCUCCUGGUCUCCCAUACAUAUGUAGAGUAUGUCGGUCGGAAGGAACACCCGAGAAACCUCUUUAUCAUCCUUGUGUAUGUACUGGCAGUAUUAAAUUUAUCCAUCAAGAGUGCUUAGUUCAGUGGCUGAAACACAGUCGAAAAGAAUACUGUGAAUUAUGCAAGCACAGAUUUGCUUUCACACCAAUUUAUUCCCCAGAUAUGCCUUCACGGCUUCCAAUCCAAGACAUAUUUGCUGGACUGGUUACAAGUAUUGGCACUGCAAUACGAUACUGGUUUCAUUAUACACUUGUGGCCUUUGCAUGGUUGGGAGUUGUUCCUCUUACAGCAUGCCGCAUCUACAAGUGCUUGUUCACUGGCUCCGUGAGCUCACUGCUGACACUGCCGCUAGACAUGCUGUCGACGGAAAAUUUGUUGGCGGAUUGUUUGCAGGGUUGUUUUGUGGUGACGUGCACACUGUGUGCGUUCAUCAGCCUGGUGUGGUUGCGAGAACAGAUAGUCCAUGGGGGAGCACCGAUUUGGUUGGAGCAUGCUGCCCCGCCCUUCAAUGCUGCUGGGCACCACCAAAAUGAGGCUCCAGCAGGAGGAAAUGGUGCAGAAAAUGUUGCUGCUGACCAGCCUGCCAACCCGCCUGCUGAAAAUGCAGUGGUAGGAGAGAACCCUGAUGCACAGGACGAUCAGGCCGAAGAGGAGGAGGAAGACAAUGAAGAGGAAGAUGAUGCUGGCGUGGAAGAUGCAGCAGAUGCUAAUAACGGAGCCCAGGAUGACAUGAACUGGAAUGCUUUAGAAUGGGACCGAGCUGCAGAAGAACUUACAUGGGAAAGAAUGCUAGGACUUGAUGGGUCACUAGUUUUUCUGGAACAUGUCUUCUGGGUGGUGUCUUUAAAUACACUGUUCAUUCUUGUUUUUGCAUUUUGCCCUUACCACAUUGGUCAUUUCUCCCUUGUUGGUUUGGGAUUUGAAGAACAUGUCCAAGCAUCUCAUUUUGAAGGCCUAAUCACAACCAUAGUUGGGUACAUACUUUUAGCAAUUACACUGAUAAUUUGUCACGGGUUGGCAACUCUUGUAAAAUUUCACAGGUCUCGUCGCUUACUGGGAGUCUGCUAUAUUGUUGUUAAGGUCUCUCUGUUGGUGGUAGUAGAAAUUGGAGUGUUCCCUCUCAUUUGUGGCUGGUGGCUGGAUAUCUGUUCCUUGGAAAUGUUUGAUGCUACUCUGAAGGAUCGAGAAUUGAGCUUUCAGUCAGCCCCAGGCACAACCAUGUUCCUGCAUUGGCUUGUGGGGAUGGUGUAUGUGUUCUACUUUGCCUCUUUCAUUCUGUUACUCAGAGAGGUACUUCGACCUGGUGUCUUGUGGUUUCUAAGAAAUUUGAAUGAUCCAGAUUUUAAUCCAGUACAGGAAAUGAUCCACUUGCCCAUUUAUAGGCAUCUCCGAAGAUUUAUUUUGUCAGUGAUUGUCUUCGGCUCCAUUGUCCUCCUGAUGCUGUGGCUUCCUAUCCGUAUCAUUAAGAGUCUGCUGCCUAAUUUUCUUCCAUACAAUGUCAUGCUCUACAGUGAUGCUCCAGUGAGUGAACUGUCCCUCGAGCUGCUCCUGCUGCAGGUCGUCUUGCCAGCAUUACUUGAACAGGGACACACGAGGCAGUGGCUGAAGGGGCUUGUGCGAGCGUGGACUGUUACUGCCGGCUAUUUGUUGGAUCUUCAUUCGUAUUUAUUGGGAGACCAGGAAGAAAAUGAGAACAGUGCAAAUCAGCAAGUCAACAACAACCAGCAUGCUCGAAAUAACAAUGCUGUCCCUGCGGUGGGGGAGGGCCUGCAUGCCGCCCACCAGGCUAUCCUGCAGCAAGGUGGCCCUGUGGGCUUCCAGCCGUACCGCCGACCUCUGCGCUUUCCACUCAGGAUCUUUCUGUUGAUCGUCUUCAUGUGUAUAACAUUACUGAUCGCCAGCCUCAUCUGCCUUACCUUACCAGUGUUUGCUGGCCGUUGGUUAAUGUCAUUUUGGACGGGGACUGCCAAGAUCCAUGAACUCUACACAGCUGCUUGUGGUCUCUAUGUUUGCUGGCUAACCAUCAGGGCAGUGACUGUGCUGGUGGCGUGGAUGCCCCAGGGACGCAGAGUCAUCUUCCAGAAGGUUAAAGAGUGGUCCCUCAUGAUAAUGAAGACGUUGAUAGUUGCCGUGCUGCUGGCUGGAGUCGUCCCGCUCCUUCUGGGGCUCCUGUUUGAGCUAGUCAUUGUUGCUCCCCUGAGGGUUCCCUUGGAUCAGACUCCUCUUUUUUAUCCAUGGCAGGAUUGGGCACUCGGAGUUCUGCAUGCCAAAAUCAUUGCAGCUAUAACGCUGAUGGGCCCUCAGUGGUGGUUGAAAACUGUCAUUGAACAGGUUUAUGCAAAUGGCAUUCGGAACAUUGACCUCCACUAUAUCGUUCGUAAACUGGCAGCUCCGGUGAUCUCUGUGCUCUUGCUUUCCCUGUGUGUGCCGUAUGUCAUAGCUUCAGGCGUCGUUCCUUUAUUAGGUGUGACUGCAGAAAUGCAAAAUUUAGUCCACCGGCGGAUUUACCCAUUUUUACUGAUGGUUGUGGUCUUGAUGGGAAUCUUGUCCUUCCAGGUCCGCCAGUUCAAGCGCCUUUAUGAACAUAUUAAAAAUGACAAAUACCUUGUGGGGCAACGCCUCGUGAACUACGAACGAAAAUCUGGCAAACCAGGCACAUCACCACCUCCACCAUCGUCCCAGGAAUAAAGUGAUUGUCUCAAGUCCUUGACCUCCCCCUUGCCUUUACGUGUCCUUUUUUGUGGACUUCUCUCUCUGGAGGUUUUCCCGGUGAUCUCUCAGCGCUGUUUUUAAGUUUCAUGUAAUUGACUCGUGUACUCAGCAUUCAGAGGGCAGCCGCCUGGGUUCUGCUGCUCUCGCGUGCGUCUGCUGACGUCACUGCUGUCUGAGAUCUGUAUAUGUGUAAAUAGAAGCUCCUUGAGACCCUCACACCUUGGAUUAAACAGAAUGUGCAUUGUACAUCUUUAAACAAAAUGUAUAUUAAUUUAUUAAAUUUAGUUGUCACUUUAUUUUGGACCUGCUGUGAUCUCGACAGGAAACGUGCCACAGAGCAGUGGUGCACAGGCAAGACUUUUCAGUGACGUCUUGUGGAGUGCAGUUGCGAUGUUCCCAGCAGUUCUUACUAAAGAAACUGCACAUUCUGUCUGUCUUGGCUAUUCAGACCUUACCAGGAACAUAAAAGGAAACAAGUGGAAGUCACCAGUGGAGUGUCUGUGGUAAGAAAAAAUGAACUCUGUGCUUCACUGUCAAUCGUUUUUGGAAGUUAUUUUGUAUAACACCAAAGCUGUUGUACAUUUUCUACUGCCUGAUUUUUUUCAUGUGUCUGUGUUUGUAAUAUUGUAUAGUAUCUUGUGCUAGUAAGAAAAUUAAUUUUGAUAAUUUAAUAUUCCUAGUGAUCAGCAUUGGGAGUUGGGUUUUUGUGCUUGUUAGGGGCAUGUCUAUACUUAGAAAAAAAAGAGAAAAAAAAAGUCCAAAUGAAGAUUUUCAUUAAUUCCUCUCCCCUCUUUUCCACACAUAGCUGUCUCUUUAUUUUUGGCAGCAGGAGCCAUAAAUCUUACAGAAUCACCAACCAUAAUGCAUCCUUCUGAAUUUAGGACAUUCUGAGAUGCUUUUAAGUACAGCUGUGUCUUAGAUUGGCAGCUUGGAGAAGACUCUAAAAGCAGCAGUUGAUGAGGAUAAGGGAGUACAUUUCUCCUACUUUUCCAUCAGUAAAUCCUGGCGUUUCCAAAGCUGUUUGUUUACAGAAUAAAAUUACAAAUAAAACAGACUUGUUUUUGUUUGUCCAGAAUGAAGCUAGCUGAGGUGGCCUUUUAACAUAGGAAUAUAUUUCACUGGAAAUGUGCUCUAAAACCUCAGAAACUGAACACUUACAUACUCAGUUUUCACUUACAACCAAAGCUUCCAGAUAGAUGUUUAGAGAAACAGAAUGGUUGGACACAUGAUCCAAGUGUUUAAUGGUAAUAGGAUAUUGUAAAGAUAGUGUUUGUUUUUGGAUGACAGUUUACAAGUUCUCAUAGAAAAUAGACAGCAUAGGGUCAUCAAAAACUGUAAGAGAAUUUCCAAAUAGUAUUAAAAUCCAUAAACUAAAAUUGGAGAAUUCUAAAAACAUGAAAAGUCAGCCAAACAUAAGGUAACCAAAAUUGAGAGCAAGAUAUUCUGGUUGUUUUGUAUUUCAAGAGUUAUUCCCUAAGGGGAAGCAGUUACUUUAAAAUAUAUCUUAAAAAUAUCAGUAUAAAAAACACUUGGUAUGGAAUUCAGUGUUGCACUCGUUGGCACUUUGUAGCAGCCAUUCUGUUGUAUUGAAUGAGGUGUUGCUAGCCGUGCUUUCCCACUGAAAUUUAGUCCCACUACAAAAAAAAAUUAGCAUUUCAAAAUGUAAUGCCACCUGUCAUGGUGUAUGUCUAUAUUAAUUGUUAUUUUGGGAGAAAAGUAUUAAAUUGAGCUAUAACUUUAUUAUAUUAAUUUAGGUUUCUUUUCAUGUUUCAAGAAAUUUGUAGAUGUUGAUAUAAAGUCACUGGAACAUGUCUUUUAACAGAAAGAGAUCUAGGCAGAUACUAUAAAAAGUUUAAAAAAGAUUAAUUCUACAAAAUUAUAAAUGAGUCUUACAUUUUAUAAAACAGCAGUAUGAAUGGCCAAAAAAAUUGCCCUUCAUUUCACUGGCAAUUAACUUUUCAUUGUCUUACAUAAGAGUUCCCCCUAGUGUUUUAGUUGUGCUUUUGUCUUGUUGUUUUCAAGAAGAUAAAUACUUUAAUAAAGAAAGAAUUUUCUGGCAUAAUAUUUGCUUGGGUAGCAUCCAGGUUUUACUGUUAAGCAAUAGUUUUAUAAAUACUGAAAAUCCAUAGUUCAGAAAGUGCUAGUAUUGCUGCCUUUCAUGUAGAAUUUUUUAAAAAAAUCAUAGUAUAGUUUUGCUUUAUUUUGCAUUGGGCUAAAAGUCUUCAAGGAACUUUACUAGGAAAGAAGAACUUUGUGCUUUAUUACUAUCUGUAAAUUGGAGACAAAUCGACACUUGGAUUAGUUUCACAUGACCAGUUACAAAUGGUCAUAGUCUGAAGUGUGCAGUUGUUCAUUAUUAGCAAAUUAUGUUUGAUUUUUAAACUAUUAACUAUUAAUAGUUGAGAUGAAAGCUGAAGAAAAAUGCCAAUGUGAAGUUUGUGUAUAGUUAGCCUUAAAAAAGCUCCAGGUUUUUAGGUGAUUGUUCCCACCCCAUUCUCUGGAAAAACAGUGGAGAUGGAAUAUCUCGAUUCCAGAUGUAAACAAAAAGGAAUUUUUAUUUCAGCAUUUAAUAUAACUUGAUACUGUGGAUUUUUGUGAUGUUUUUCCUUUCCGUAUUUAAGUGAAAGAGAAUAACUUCCCUCAAAUGAUUCGAUCCUAGGGAUGUCAUUUCUGUAUUGGCAAAAUGCUACUAUUAAAGUGUAAUUCUUGAAUUUAGGUUGAAUUUUGAUGCCUUUUUAAAAUGAAACCAAAAAAUACCACACAGUUGUACACUUAAUUGCAUUUGCCAACACACACACACAAGAGACUGUAGGACCAUUAUGUAAGAACACUGGCACUGUUUUAAAACUUCGCAAGGUAGCUACUUCUUUCAUUCAGGAUUGACUUUUUAAAGCUAUUUAACUGUAUUAAGUCUUACAUUGUUAAAUUAAAUGAUUAUGUUUAAAAUCCUCUUUCAGAGUGUUAAUUUUUCAGUCAUCAUCAAGAAAAGGCAAAUCUAAAAUGUCUUACCCUUGAAGUAUUCUUGAAAGCCUCAUUUGUAGAGGUUCUCUAACUUCUUGAUGAAGCUGUCACAUCUACCCACUUCGUCUGCCCCAUCAGUGAGAUGAGUGCUUUUCAGCUGAGCACUGCCCUGGGUCUUUUUGAAACAACCAUCAUCAUGAGUAAGGGCUUCUUUGAAAUAAUUUCCAUCAGUGUCUUUGGCAUCAGUAUAACACAAAGAGAAGACAGUGUAUAUACGUUUUCAUUCCUGUCUGUUUUAUAUGAGUGCCUCACUUUGUAGUUAUGAAAGUAACAUGAUUCCCUAGAUGGAAAUGUAAUGACCCAGGCCUAGGAGUGACUGUUGUAGAAGCUCAAUAAAACACUUAGUUGGUGGGGAUGUCAGUGUUCUAUUAAAGCAAACACCCUGGAUACCCAGCCCAGUUUUGUGUGUGUGUAUUCUAAGAUGCUCCCUUUUUAUGUGGUCUUCUGUUGUCUUCUGAGUUGAGAGAACAAAGUUGAAUAAAGUGAACGUUAGUUGUAUGUA